CUCUCGAAAUGUCCUUGAUAACCCAACUCGAGUGAAAAGGCGAUGAGACACAUAUAAUGCCAGCCAGAACAUAUCAACAAGUUCUUGACUUCUGGUUCAGUCCAAAAUGGUCACCGGAUUACCUCAAGCCAAAGUCUUUUUGGUACGGUGGUCCCAAAGACGACGCGUACGUUCGAAAGUAUCUCAGUGACUUGUACCAAGAAGCAAAGGACAACAACAUUGAUGCUUGGAUUCAAAUGGAUAAUGGAAUGGGUGCGUUAGCUCUCAUUCUGCUUCUCGAUCAAGUGCCACGCAAUAUAUUCCGCGGCUCGGCAAAGGCAUAUGCCACGGACGGAAAAGCUGUAGAAAUCGCGCGCUAUGCAGUUGAUCAGAAAUGGGACAAGGACAUGCCCGACAUCCAGAAACGGUACAUGUAUUCCCCAUUUAAUCAUUCGGAGAAUUUACACGAUCAGGAACGGUCGCUUGCGUUAUUUACAGAAUUGGGUGAUCCGUAUCACAUGCGAUGGGCAAGGGAUUUUUAUGAGCAGAUCAAGCGCGACGGGCGGUUCAAGCAUCGAGAUGCAAUUCUGAAGAGGUGAUAUUUCAGCAGACUUCGCGAUUUUCCGAUUGACUGUGUCACAAAAAUAUUGAAUAAUCUUAGUGUAUUAAUGGAAUCGGGAGACUAUCCAGGAUGGUCAGCUUCACUCAAUGUCUCGACACGUAUAGCAUUGCCUUUUUUUUGUCGAUAUUUUAAGAUUUGUCACAUCCAUCUAUACGAAAACCUUACGAUCCAAAGGCAGUCUUCACACCCUUGUGCGGUAAUAUUACACCCCUAAUAUGAAGCUCGUAGGGGUUGUUUAACCACCCUGUGUGAGAUAAAUAAGAUCUAAACUAUCAUCUUCUUGAAUUGAG